UGCUUGCUCCUUGCUCCAGCAAGAUUGAUGAAAAAUUGGCAAAGAAAAGAAAUUAGAAAACAGUGAAGACUUGACGAAUUUUGAAAAUUAUUAUUUAACAAAAUCAUCGUAUCCUCAUCCUAUGAAAUGUAGUUCGGGUUGUGAAGUUUACUGUUCGCAGUGUUCGCGCUAAUCUUAUCAUUUCCAGAUCCAGUUUCAUCAAGGUACAAUGAAGCCAAUAAAACCAAUCAUUUGUAGAGAUUUUCCCAUUUCAAUUAUCAACAGAUUCCGGAACCGGAACCCAUUUUAAAUGAGAACACUCUUAAUGAAAAUGAAAAGUUGAUAAUUAUGGACUUGAUUGGUUAUUUGGAGGAAAAUUUCACGUUCACUACUAGUCUUGGGAUAUUGAAAAUACCAUUUUGCAUCUUUGCAAAAGAAGUCUUCGAGGGUGAGAGUCGUCGUAAGGCAAGAGUCCUUUAUAAUGUCAUUUCAUUGCAUUUACCAGAAAAUGAAACUGUUCAAAGAACAUUUCGUCAUGAUGAGAAGAAUAGUUUAAAUGAUUGUGCGAAAAAGAAAGAAAUCAAAACUAGUUAAAGCUAUGUGGAUGACAAAUCGAAUGGAUACAGACGAUAUAAAUGGAUUAUGUUGGUCACCGAGUGAAAAUAAAACGCAGAUAGUCACCCGUAGUAAAGUGAACUGCAACAAUAAGUUGAAUAAUUGUCGACGAGUGCAAUAUCAAGAAUAUCCAUCAUUUGUACAAGAUUUUGAAUUAACUGAUUCUUCCUCGGUCAGCGAUGACACAUCUAGUAUUAACGGUAAUCAAAGAACAAAUUCAAGCGCCACGAAUCACCGAAGGAAACGUAAACAAGCCCUAAAUGCCAGAGAGAAAAACCUCAGAAGACUGGAAAGCAACGAAAGAGAACGUAUGAGAAUGCAUAGUUUAAACGAAGCUUUUCAAUCGUUACGUGAAGUCAUACCUCAUGUGAAGAAAGAAAGGCGUUUGUCGAAAAUUGAAACUUUAACUUUAGCAAAAAACUAUAUAGUAGCUUUAAUGGAAAAAAUUUGCGAUAUUCAAGGCAACUCGGUCUCGACGUCAUCGUCAGGAGAAAACGAAUCUUUAACGCAAGAUAAAGAACAACAAAAACUUUCCGAUAGUGAAAGUUUUAAUUUCAACUUGUAGUUUGAUACCGAACUGAAAUGCAGCUUAUACAAUACAUGUACCAAUGUGUUUAUUUUAUACGUAUAAGGUUGAAAAAAAAAACAACAUUCUAUUUGGCUUUGUUGUUAAAUAAUACCGUCAUUUACCAUUAAUUUUAAGGGUUAUUUAUAAAUUACUUAUUUAUGUAUAUACAUGCUACGUCAUAUGAUAAUAUAAGAAUUGACAAAUUCAUCGAGUACAUACAUUUUUAUAUAAUGUCAAUUACAUGUUUUAUUUUAGUGAAAAAAAAAAAAAAAAAAUGAAUAAAUGAAACCGCGACGUAACGAAACUGGUCACGAGUCAUGAUAGUAUGUACUACAUUUUUUUGUACUAGGUAAAAAGUAAUUAGAAAUAGAAAAUUCGUUAGGUAGAAAUUUUCUUCUAGUCAUUCAGUGCGCUAUGAUUAUUAUUAUUUUUCUUGUUGAAAAUGUCAAGUUUUGUUUUGUUUUAAUUUGCCAUAGGAAAUUUUUGUUUUAAUAUGAUAGCAUUUUAAAAUGAUUGUUAUCGCAGAUGUACGUAUUUAUAAUCAGUAAGUACAUUUAAUGGCAUAAGGAAAUGAAUAUACCUACGUGUAAUUUUUGUUUGUUGAAUACCUAUUAUAUUGUAUCUCUUUUUUGUAUUA